CAAAUUGGAAUAAUCGCAACUAGGGUUUCCUACUUUCUCUAUAUAUACGUCAUGUCUUUCCGUUCCUCCUCAACCACUCGCUCUCCUAAGGAAUUUCCCUACCUUCCGUUCUCUCGUUUCUCUCUAUAUUUUCCUUUCUUCUCAGCAUAACUAAGGGCUUUGGCUUGUGGAAUUGCAGUAAUUGCAGUCAGCAAAAGUGGAGUGUUUCAAGUCAGAAACUUCUUUUAUGUCUGAGCAAGCAUCUCUGUUUUUAUUAUCAAUUGGGUUGCUUGGAGAGUACUGUCCUUCACAGAGGAAAAAGGAUAGAAAUUCGGCACCUCUAGUUGGCUGUAUGCAUCUCAAGUCACACCAAGGUCAUAAAAUACGUGGUCAAGACUGCCAGUUUUUGGUUCCUGCUCCUUUUCUGUGGAAUUCUUACAAUUUUGGAGGAAUAACUCUUGCAGAACAGGAAACCUCGCGUCCAUACUGACAUAGAUUGUUACUUGCAACACCUGCAAAAUGGCUUUGCAAAACAUUGGUGCUGGAAACAAGGAUGAUGCCUUCUAUAGGUAUAAGAUGCCCAGGAUGAUCACAAAAAUCGAGGGCCGUGGUAAUGGCAUCAAAACCAACAUAGUCAAUAUGGUUGACAUUGCAAAGGCUUUGAGUAGGCCGGCCUCUUACACAACCAAGUAUUUUGGCUGUGAGCUGGGAGCUCAAUCAAAGUUUGAUGAGAAGACUGGAACUUCCCACGUCAAUGGAUCUCAUGAUACUUCAAAGCUUGCUGGACUUCUUGAGAAUUUCAUCAAGAAAUUUGUUCAGUGUUAUGGUUGUGGGAACCCUGAAACUGAAAUUAUCAUCACUAAGUCACAGAUGAUCAAUCUCAAAUGUGCUGCUUGUGGUUUUAUAUCAGAGGUUGAUAUGAGGGACAAGCUCACAACUUUCAUUAUCAAGAACCCUCCUGAGGCUAAGAAGGGAGGGAAGGACAAGAAACUGAGGAGGGCUGAGAAAGAGCGACUUAAGGAAGGAGAGGCAGCUGAUGAAGAGCUGACGAAGCAAAAGAAAGAGGCUGCAAAGAAGAAGGUGUCAUCUGGUAGUUCCAAGGAUGCAGCAUCAAAAUCUUCAAAGAAGAAAUCCCACUCUGAUGAGGACCAUUCUCCACCUGGUAGCCAAAAGGAUGAUCGUGAAGUGGCUGAAGACAGUGAUGAUGAUGUCGAGUGGCAGACUGACACUUCUGCUGUGGCUGCACAACAAACAAUCCAAGAACAGCUGAAUGCUGUUACUGCUAGUAUGGUCAUGCUCUCAGCCAAUGAGGAGAAAGGAAAAUCAGGUAAGAGCUCUCCUGCAAGGGAAGGGAAAUCCAAAGGGAAUGGAGAGACAAAUGGGAAAGCUGCUGCGGAUAAAGAUGAACUCUUUGUGUUGAUCAAGGAGUAUGUUAGCAGGGGUUCUUCUGCAUCUCAAAUCAAAUCAUUCCUGGAGUCUCUCUCUGGCUCUCGCCAGCAGCUUGUGAAUGCGUACUUUGAAGCCUUAUUCGAGGGAGCUGGAAAAGGUUUCUCCAAAGAGGUUGUGAAGAAGAAAAAUUAUAUUGUUGCAGCACUUGAGGGCGAGGAUUCGCAGCGCCAUCUGCUUCUAGCCAUUGAAGCCUUCUGUGGGAAAGCAUCCCCAGAGGCUGUGAAGGAGGUCGCUUUGGUGUUGAAGGCUUUGUAUGAUGGCGAUGUGCUGGAGGAGGAGUUCAUAGUAGAAUGGUUUGAGAAGGGCCUGGCUGGUGCCAACAAAAGCUCUCCAAUAUGGAAGAAUGUCAAACCCUUCGUUGAAUGGCUGCAGAGCGCAGAAUCUGAAUCUGAAGAAGAGUAACUCUUUACAAACUACUACUUUAUUUCCCAGUACAAUUUCCCAUUAUGUUCUACUAGCGUCUGUUGCAACGGCAUGGCACGAACGAUGCUGUUGCAGUGUUGUUGUCGUCGUCAUCAAUAAGUGCCGUCGGACACAGGUUUUUAUUGUGGAGUGGUUUUAAGUUUUUGUUGUUUAGCGUCUUGGAAGAGAUCUUUCUUGUUCUAAGAAACUCUUCUUCAGUGCUUCUGUUGCGUUUCGUUUGCUAUUAUUAAUGACAUUUUUCUUUAGUUAUUAAA